CAAACGAUUUAGAAAUCUAUGGAAAAAUUGGAAUAACAUAAAAUACUCAGAAUUUCUGUUAAAGAAACAAAUAUGGAUGUACAAAGAGACAUUCCUCUACAAUUUUACAACUAUUGCCGUGCGUUUGAAGAAGAUGUAGUCAACGAUUGCUGUGAUUCCGGCCCUUUGCUUGUCGACACGUCUACCGACUCGGGAAUGUACAAACACCAAAUCGACGACGGACAAAUGCAGGGUCUUAUUGGACCAAACCAAACAAUGUGUAUUGGUGAGGACGAUGUCUUUGUGGACAGUUUCGACGCCCGUAGAGAUUAUUUUGACUAUAGAUUCGGCAUGAAGCCUCAAAGGCAAGCAGCUAAUGUUAGGGAACGGAAGCGAAUGAUGAGUAUAAACUCUGCUUUUGAAGAACUCCGUUCAUUUGUGCCAACAUUUCCAUAUGAAAAACGACUCUCUAAAAUAGACACUUUGCGCUUGGCCAUUGCUUAUAUUGCUUUACUUAGAGACAUGUUGAAAUCAAAGGAGACAGAUCCACUACUCUUUCUUGAGCAAUCUCUAAAAUCUGGUGUUGGUGGAAGAAGAAGGGCUAUUUGGAACACUAGUGAUCUUAAAGCACGUUUGUCUUGGAUUAGAUGGGAUAAUCUUGGAGUUCACCGUAGACCAAAGUUAGAAGACCUUUCGUGAUGAAUCGACUAUACCACUUUAUACU